AUGAAUGCUAUUAUAUGGAAUGUGAGGUCAGUGAACACAAAGAAUGCUUUUGAAAGGCUUGUCAAUAUGCAAAGGCAACAGCAUUGUCAAUUCAUUGGAAUCAUGGAACCAAUGCAAAAUCCUAGAAAACUGGAAAGAUAUACGAGGAAGAUUGGUUUUCUACAGGCUUUUGCUAAUGUUUCAAAUAAGAUUUGGGUGUUUGUAGAUGAGGACCAUGGGGUGGAUGUAAUGAUUAAUUUAGAACAACAGCUGACUAUGAAGCUGACCAACAUGGAUACUCAGAUAUCUUUCAUUGUCACAUUUGUAUAUGCUAUGUGUGAUCCCAUUGAAAGGAUUGAACUAUGGGACAACAUGUAUUACUUAGCUAGAGACAUGACAAUACCAUGGCUUGUAGCUGGGGAUUUCAAUGUUAUCUGGGAUGAAGAGGAGAAGUUUGGGGGACUGCCAGUAUCAAUAAAUGAAGUUAAUGACUUUAGACACUGUGUUAACACAUGUAACCUCACAGACUUAGGCUUUAAAGGCAGCAUAUUCACUUGGUGGAAUGGGAGAGCUGAAGAUGAUUGCAUUUUUAAGAGACUUGACAGAUGCCAUGCAAAUCUUGAAUUUCAACAUAUGUUCCCUACACAUCCUACUUUUAAGAAUGUGGUCGAGGACAACUGGAGAGUUGAUUUUGUUGGGGAUCCAUCUUACAUGUUCAAUCAGAAGUUAAAGAGACUAAAAAAGGCCCUAUCAGCUUGGAGCAGGAACACCUAUGGGGAUAUAUUUCAGAAAAUUGCAAGUUUGGAAGAAGUGGUAAUUGUUCAUGAGGCUGAGUUUGAAAGAAAUCCUACAUUUCAAAGAAGACAAAGGCUAUAG